UUAAUUUAUGGGUAUAUUCCAAAUCACAUUUCUUUUCAUUAUUACAAAUGUAUCAUCAACGUAAUGUACCCGUCCAGAAUUUUGGUUUAAUUAUAGGUAGAGCUAUUAAUUCUAAUCUUUGUAUGAUGCCAGCUAUAAUUCUGAUAUGGGCGAUGAUCCCAUUGGUGUUUUUCUUUUAUCUGUUCGUAGAAAACUUAAUUUAUCUAAAAUCUACGCAUUUCGAAUAAUCUGAUCUCAUAUUGUACUUGUAAUAGGCAUUUACACGAACAAUAAUAAAUCAUUAAGUUGGCGUAACAGAACGAAUAUAGGUCAUAUUUUAAAAGGGCUACAUUGAAGGUCGAAACAAAAAUGCAUGCAAAUAAAUAAAAAAAAGGUGGAGAUAAUAGUACAUUCAUUUUAAAUUUCAAAACAGAAUUAACUAUGAAAGGAUUAGUGGAAUGCUAAAUUGUUUGGUGAAUAUAUAAAGGUGACUUAAUCUUCCGAAGCCGACGUGAAGAACCUAGAAGACCUGGAUUUCGCGCGUGGAUGAUUUAUGUUUGAUGUCACACAAAAUCGAAGACUUACAAGCGAAAACCGACAAACUGGUCGAAGAAGCAGGCAGUGAAGACAGGACUCCAGGUGAACAUAGACAAGACGGAGGUUAUGAAAAUAACCAACCAACAACAACAACAACAGCAACAUCCAGCGCCAAUCACCAUCAACGGGAGGGAUUUGAAAGAGGUUAAUUCAUUCACUUAUCUAGGGAGCAUUGUCUCAACUACAGGAGGAACGGACGAGGAUGUCAAAUCGAGAAUCGGGAAGGCGAGAAACACAUUCAUCAACCUGAAACCAAUCUGGAAAUCUUCUUCACUCAACUCAGCAUCAACAACAAAAUUCGGAUUUUCAAUACAAACGUCAAGUCAGUCAGUUCUUCUAUACGGAUCAGAAACUUGGCGGGUCACAAAGAAUAUUUCCAACAGCCUGUUGCAGACCUUUAUCAACAACUGUCUUCGCUCUAUGCUGAAGAUCAGAUGGCCGGAAAGAACAAAACCAACAAGAAACUAUGGGAACAAACAAAACAAGAACCAAUCGCCCAACAAAUAUGCAGGAGAAAGUGGAGAUGGAUUGGACACUCGCUGAGG